AUUCCAUCUAGCACCAUGAACAGCCCAAUCGAAGUCGUUUGUUAUGAUGAUAAUCAUCGGAUGAUUUACUGUCAGGUUUAUGAUCUGGCCGCGGUUGCAACUUGCUACUGAAGAGAUGAAAUGGGACAUAACCAAGGAAAACUUUGCCGCCCACCUUCCACGCAUACGGGAUGCCAUCUCACGUUGCUCCUUCCUGGCUGUGGACUGCGAGUUCAGCGGGCUGACGACAGGCGGCACCACCUGUCAAUAUGACACGCCAGCUGAACGAUACGCCCACCUGCGGCGUACGGCCGCCGGCUUCCUCGUCAUCCAGUUUGGGCUGGCUGCCUUCACGCUGGACCAGGAGCGGGGCAGGUACACGCAGGAGACGUUCAACUUUUACCUGUUCCCGCGCCACCCAAGCCAAGGCUCAUUCCUCUGCCAGCCGUCCAGCCUCGAGUUCCUCUCGGGCAAUGGCUUCGACUUCAACAAGCUGAUCAAGGAUGGCGUACCGUACCUGAAGCCCAUCGCAGGUCGGGGAGUUCCUGCGCUCGUCCGACGAGCACCUGGACUUCCACGCCUGAGCGGCUACCAGCGGAAGAUCAUGUACGACCACGUCAGCGCCAGGGUGGCCACACCGCUGGAUCUGGAGACGCAGCGCACGCCGGGCGGCCAGCGCACGCUGCGUGUGCGGCGAGCCGCCGGCCCGGAAGAGCGGCGCCGCCGACUGCGCGAGCGGCUGGACGAGGCGGCCGGCUUCUGCCAGGUCAUCUCGGCCAUCAGCGAGUCGGGCAAGACGGUCGUGGGCCACAACAUGCUGCUGGACCUGCUGCACAUGGUGGAGCAGUUUGUCUGUCCGCUGCCGCAGAGCUACGCCGACUUCAGGGCGGUGGUCGGCUGCGUCUUCCCCAGCCUGGUCGACACCAAGGUGAUGGGCUCAACACAGCCGUUCCGCGACCUCAUCCCGUCGACCACGCUGGGCGAGAUGGUGGUCUGUCUGGGAACGCACCCCUUCACCACGCCCACGGUCGUGGCGGCCGAGGGCAGCAGCGGGCCCGAGUACCGCGUGGGCGACAGCAAACAUCACGAGGCCGGCUACGACGCCUUCCUCACCGCCGUCUGCUUCGCCUCAAUGGUCAACUACCUGGGUCUGCUGCUGACGCCGCCCAAGCCGCUGCUGGAGCCCAGCGCGGAUAUCGUGCGCCCCUUCUCCAACAAGGUGUUCGUGAUGAGGAUGGCCGACAUGCCGUACCUGAACCUGACGGGAGAUGACGUGGAGCCCAGCCGUGACCACGUCUUCCACCUGACCUUCCCGGCCGCCUGGAAGACGAGCGACAUCGUCCAGCUGUUCAGCGCCUUCAGCCGGGUGCACGUGGCCUGGAUUAACGACACGUCCGCGUUCGUCUCGCUGGACCGGCGGGACCAGGCGAGCCAGGUGCUGCAGAACGUCAAGGCGGCCGGCCUCUUCACGCUCUGCACCUACAGCGAGUGGCAGGCGGCGCAGCGAAUGUCGCGCCCCGACCGAGCCGCGAAGCAGAAGACCUCUCCCGCGCCGGUCCGCGCGGUCUCCGCCGCU